AUGGAAGCUGAACUCUUUGUUAAUAUCUAAAACUACAACGGUGAAAAGUUCCAAGUGAUUGCUUUGGAAAAUGAUAAUUUAAAUACCUUAAAGUUAUUAAUUUAUGCUUAAUCCCACCUCACUGUUUCUGGUUGUGAUUUUAGUAUCAACGGUGCUUUAAUAUAAGAUAACAAUAAAACACUUAAAUAGCUUAGCGUUCAAAACGGUGAUAUCUUAUUUAUACAAAAAAGAAACACAAUAAGCUUUAAUGUUGCAGGUGAUAAUUCCGAUAACGAUAGUUCUAUGGAAAUAUCUUACUUCUCUGAGGAUUAAAAUGAAGAAAACAUUAUGCCAGGAUAAAUUGAGUUAAACAGAGAUUUCUCUUUUGCCCCUAUCUUAAAGAGAUAAUAUUUCUGUGGUUAUUGA